AUGAACACGGUGAAAUCCUUCUGGCUCGGCUGGGGCUCUCUCUGUGUUGCUGGCGCCGGCGCCUACUACUUUGCCAAACGUGAAAUCAACGCCGACCGAAAGGCUAAGCUCGAAGCCCAUCGCCAGAAGCGUCAAGAUAUCCGCGCCUUGGAGUAUGGACCCUCCCAACCCAUGGUACCCAGCAGCAGCGCCGACGCUCCCUCCAGGCCCGACAAUGCCGGCUCCCCCAGCGCCGAGUCGUCCAGCAACGAUCCCUCGCCCGCCGGACAAGACCUGGGCAUCAAUUCGGCUGCCAAGCGCGAAAAGGAAGACAUCAGUCCGUACGAGAGCAAAGUUGGCUACCGCAGCCGCAAAGGCGACCGCUUCUCGUGA